GCAUAAGAGAGUUGAGGUUGUGUUUGACUCCGUGUAUUUUCCUACCAGAAAUACAUUUGCAUCUCGUUCACUGUAAACAUAUAAUAUCUUUCUAUAUAUUCACUUAUCUAUCUAUCUAUCUAUCUCUGUCUAUCUAUCUAUUUAUCUAUCUAUUCUAUCUAUUUAUCUAUCUAUCUAUUUAUGUAUCUAUCGGCUGUUCUAUAUCUAUCAACCUUUCAAUAGAUCUGUCACACUCUCUCUCUCCAUUCAAACAAAUAUAAUGGUACAUACAGCAUUUAUACAUGAAUUAUCAUAAUAUCGUAACCAUAUAGUGCAAUAAGUAUUAUAGAAACAUACAAUAUCAAUUUCAUUAUUGUUCUAAUCGAUGCAGUGCAUGCUGAAAAUUAAGGAUUGAAACAACUUCACACGUACACGUCUGAAUUACUUGGAGUAAGAAGGAUAUAAACCAGAAGGGAUAAAUACCUUUAAUAUACCCUGGACCUGGAAAAAUACAUACGUUCAUGUUUACAUGUAAAUUUACAUAAAUAUAUUUGUAUAAAUUUAUACAAGUCGAUACAAACAAAAAGUAUAAACCAUUUCAAUGUUAAUUAUUCGCUAUGGAAUCGUACUGAAGUAACUGAAGCUUUUGAUUUAUGAAACAAUCUAACAUUGGCCUUUCUUGCGGUGUAAAAGUCCUUUAAAAAUAUGUAUGCUGGAACCAGAACCGCUGGUGAUGGUGGAGGAAAUGAAGAAGAUGACGAACAAAGCCUUUUACUUCAGUUGUACGCUAAAAAAUAUGUUGAAGAGUUGAAAACUCACCCGGAAAAUCCCAAAAGGGUCGAAGUGUACAUUAAAGAUUGUCAUAAAGGGCGCGCUUCAGUGGCGGUACCGUCAUGGUCCAGUGGACAAUUUCUCUCUGGAGCCAGCUCAGAUCGCCGGAGCGACCUCCCUUCAGCCACAUCCUUGGCAGCAUCUCGGAACGCCUCGCUCCGUCACCAACAACAGCAACACCCCACAUCAAUAGGAAUUCGAAAAAGGGACCCCACAUCAUCGGCCAACACAGCGGCAUCCGAUCACCAUCACCAUUUUCCACAUCACCACUCACAUCAUCAUCAUCACCACCAACAUCCUCCACCAUUAUUGUCUUCAACUAGUACGACUGCAGGAGAUCCAACCACAGCCACAUCAGGAUCAUUCCGAGCUAAACAAUCCGGUCGAUCCGAAGUGAAAAUAGCUGAUCCUGUAGUGACGUGUGGUGUUAGUGGUUCUUUACAGCUAGCAGCGUCUCCAGCAGUCGUGCAACCUCCAGGUAGUAUUAUUCCUGCAGGCAACAAUAACCUUCCUCUUCAAGGAGGUGGCAGAGGAGUUGGCAGUGGUGGUGUUGGAAGUGGUAGUGUGGUAGGUGUGGGAGUAGGAGACAUGUCGUCAGCCCUGCAACGACCCUUCUAUGCAACAUCCUCAAUAGGAAGCCCUCCUGAUCCGGCUUCAAUUUUGAGGAGUAGGGAAGUUUCUAAACGUGUUAUCCUAAAUGUGGGUGGGGUAAAACAUGAGGUAUUGUGGCGCACUCUUGACCGUAUGCCUCAUACUCGGCUUGGUAAGCUGAGGGACUGUAAUACACAUGAUGCAAUUGUUGACCUUUGUGACGAUUAUAGCUUGGCCGAAAAUGAAUACUUUUUUGAUCGACAUCCUCGAUCGUUUGCCUCCAUCCUCAACUUUUACCGCACUGGAAAACUUCACUUGGUGGAGGAAAUGUGUGUGCUGGCAUUCAGUGAGGACCUGGAGUACUGGGGUGUAGACGAACUUUAUUUAGAGUCAUGUUGUCAGCAUAAAUAUCAUCAGAAAAAAGAACAUGUGUUUGAGGAGAUACGCAAAGAGGCUGAGAGUCUCCGAAAGGGAGAGGAUGAAGAUUUUGGUACCGGCUCGUUCGCAAAAUGGCGACAGCGAGUUUGGGACCUCCUUGAGAAGCCGACAACGUCCAUGGCUGCGAGGGUCUUGGCCAUUGUGUCCAUUCUCUUCAUUGUCCUGUCUACCGUGGCGCUAACAUUAAACACAAUUCCUGGGCUCAAAGGUGAAGGAGAGCAGGAAGGGGCUGAUAACCCACAGCUUGCAAUUGUAGAAGCUGUUUGCAUUGGAUGGUUUACCUUGGAAUAUCUGGGACGAUUCUGGGCCUCCCCGAAUAAGUGGAAAUUUUUCAAAGGACCUUUGAACAUUAUAGACCUAUUGGCAAUCAUGCCUUAUUUCAUUUCCCUAGGAUUGACUGAGACCAACAAGAGUACGACGGAACAGUUCCAAAAUGUCCGCAGAGUGGUGCAAAUCUUUCGAAUAAUGAGAAUUCUGCGAAUUCUAAAACUUGCAAGACAUUCAACUGGUCUGCAAUCCUUAGGGUACACUUUACAGAGAAGUUAUAAAGAGCUAGGUCUAUUAAUGAUGUUUUUGGCCAUUGGAAUACUCUUAUUCUCAAGCCUUGCCUACUUUGCGGAAAAAGACGAACCAGGAACUAAGUACGUUAGUAUCCCCGAAACAUUCUGGUGGGCUGCCAUCACUAUGACGACGGUAGGAUAUGGUGACAUCUACCCGACGACGAUCCUGGGAAAAGUUGUUGGUGGCGUAUGUUGUAUAUGUGGUGUGCUAGUUAUUGCGCUUCCAAUUCCAAUCAUUGUCAAUAAUUUCGCCGAAUUUUAUAAAGAUCAGAUGAGAAGAGAAAAAGCAUUAAAACGUAAGGAGGCUCUCGAGCGGGCGAAGAGGAAUGGAAGCAUAGUCUCCUUCCACUCCGUCAAUCUGAGGGAUGCCUUCGCCAAAAGUGUCGACUUAAUGGAUGUUGCCUCCGAGGUUCCUAGAAACGACUGGGAUACAAACAGUGUGGAGACGAAAUCCAUGAGUUCACCACCGCCUUGUGUGAUGCGGGGCUCAAACCCCAAUACACCCAAGUUGAGUGGGCAAGGAGGAACAACAAACUUCAACUGCAAAGAGAAUCAGGAGAACCCCAGCAACACCAACCUGUUGGAUAUAGAUGAGGAGUCUUUGCAUCGGAUGACGACCCAAGCUUCAACUGAUACUUCAAUGCAGAACAAGUUUGAAUUUCCCUCAGAUCCUAUUAAUGGAAUGGACAGUGACAAUAAAGGCUGUAUUGAGAUGAAGACACUUCCUCGUCAAGAAAGUACUGCUAGUACGGAUACUUAUGCCAGCUGUUUCACACACCCGCAGAGUAGUCCUUCUAUCACAGGACGAUCUACUGAUCCAGCAAAUCAGGCAAAUAUUUGUGUCAAUCCAUUGGAGGAGCCAUCUUAUCAAAGUCAACUACCAUCUUACGAAGCUGUGAUGCAAUGUGAUUUUGCUAAUAACACAUCGAACUCAGAUGUUACUAACUAUCAGAAGGCUCCUCCAUUGGGUAGCGCAAUAUGCCAAAGUUUCAGUGGCAAUGUCAACCAGCCAUCUGAUCAGAUCAUACAGAAAAUUGAUGAUGGUUUAACCGCAACAUGGCAACGAAAUGUCUUAAUAUCUUCAGGUACAACUCCAUCAUCAUCUGUGGGUGAUGUUAGAGCUCAGACCAAGAUUGGUAGCCAUUCUGGCGGUGCUCCAUCAACAACAAAAACAGCCCUUAAACGAUAUAAGUCACUUUCGGGGGAAAAACAUCCUCGUUUUGCAGACUCUCAGAUUGAAAGAACAUAUUCUUCCACAGACAAUCUUCACAGAUACUCAAGACCAAAGUUGAAAUUUCGCAAAACAUCAUCUUUAUCAAGUCGUCUCCAUGCUAGUCCUGCUACAGGAAAAAAACUUGCGAAUUAUCAUCUUAUUGCACAUUCAAAGUCAGAUAAAAUCAAAGAUAACUCCUCCUCUGAUUCCUACUCAGAGCAGUCACCCUCAGUAAAGAGAGCUACACCAACCAUCAUUUCAGAUUCUCCUGCUACUUUGAAAAAAAAAUCGAUACUGAAAAAAGAUGCUUUAAAUAGAGAAGAGACUGAAACUCUUCUUGAAAAUUUCGCCGGGGAUCAAAAAACUCUAUGUUCCCAGACGUGUCGUCCCAAAAAUAUCAUGGACUCUGUGACUAUUGUCAACAACUAUCAAACCUUCAAUAAUCACAGUAAUAACGAACUUUAUAACAACCAACAUCAGUUCCACCACCACCACCACCACCAUCACCAAAACCAAAACCAUCAACUGCAACAGCAACAAUUGGAAACUGCCAACCCAACCAUCCUAUCAGCCAUGGUAACGUCUCCACCGAUUAAAGUAAUCUGUCCGAGCAUCGACUUGGACGAGGAGUCUGGUGCCAUGGCUAUUUCUUCCACCCCUACCCCUUCACCUACCGGCCCAACAGAUGAAUUGGAUUCUCCAGACAGUGACACCCAGAGCAACACUUCUGAAGAACGGGAAGGAGAAGAACUGGAAUUCAGUGACAGUGCAGCUAGCCUAGAGAAACUUAAGUGCUGGAAAGACUUGGACAAUAAAGAGCAACAGUUGCUUUGGCAACAGGACACAAGCCCCUCGGACAAUAUGGAUAAUGAUGAAAGCUAUCAAGGUACAAAUUCUGUUGACCAAUCAGCCUCAGAUAUUAGUCUCAUUGAACAGCCAACGUCAAGGUCAUCCCCAUCCAAUGAAGGUGAUAACCAUAUGGACAUUGAUAAAUAUGGUGACAAAUGUGCGGACUAUAUGACCGAAAAGAUGACUUCUUUGACGUUAGCUCAAAAUGGAGACUAUCCUCUCGACAAUUUAAUUAAUGAUAUUGAAAAAAAUUCUGAUGAUCCAAAAGACAAUGUAGUAUCAGCUGACGCCAGUGGCUAAUAUGUCAUUAGCGGAAGCUAAAUGGAAAUUAAAUGGAAAGGUUUAACCUAACAUUUUGCUGCCUCAGAUUGCCACAGAUGCUGUCAAGAUGCAGAAAGAGAUGUUUAUGAAACCUUGUUCUCGUGACAGACAGUAAACUGAUGUGCAGUGUCUGUAGUAUUUACUUGUGAUAUUUUAGCCAAUAAGACACUGUCUGCAACACCAGCUAAUGAAUGACAUAACUCAACUGUCACAAUGAAAAGGUUUUAAAAAAUUUGCUAAUGAAAAAAUAAAAUUAGGAAACAAACAAAAACUAAAGAAUAUGAGAAAUUGAGUGCUUCCCCCACAGCAAAAGAAUUAAGUAUGGAUUCACAAGUGUACGUGCAAAAGUGAAGCUUAGUGUCAGUAAUCUGGCAAUAUUUCAUGGAGUCUAUGAUUCUUGCCAAAAAGGAAUUCUCUUGAUUUUGUGAAGGGCACCUGUUUGUAAGUAGAUCAUAUUUGACUGAGAAGAGCAAAGGGAAAAAGAAGGAAAAGAAUAAUCACAAAAAUUUCCCUCUGAGGACCACCCGUUAAUCUUGCAAAAACAAAAAAAAGUAUAAAAGAAAAUUUGUUUACAGUAGUUUUUAGAUAUGAAGAUAUUUUGCCUUUGUGUUUUCCCUUUUUUUUUAAUCUUUAUUUAUAGUACAACAAAGUUUAUCGACAACCUUGGGUUUAAUAGCAUCGGGCAGGGUAAGAAGUGAUUUUGUAAAUGCCUUCAGGAAGGAGAUUUUUUCUUUUUUUUUUUCAAAUCAUGAUAAGAACACUCCGACUAUUAGAGGUCUAAGGUAAAAGAGUGAAAGGCAACUUUUGCUUAAAUUUUACAACAUACCAGCAAUGUCCAGAUUAUUCUUUAUCAUUUUAUUUGGCUUCAUUUUACAUUGAUUC